AUGGCGCAUCUCACUCUCGCCGGAGACUCGUGCUUCACGGCCGCCGAGGCCCAGAAGCUCAAGGACCUGAUCAACAAGGUGGCGCCCAUCAAGGUUUCGAACUUGCGAGGCUCCUGGGUUUACUACGCCCAUAUCGAGGGCGAUUCCGAGGCCGCCCAGCAAAAGCUUGCCCAAUUGCUUCCCCUGGAGGCCGCCCUACAACGACAAACCGUUCCCUUCCGCGAUAUCCUACACGACCGCAUGACCGAAACCCUUUCCACCGAUGCGCCCGACCUCAACACCAUGUUCGCUGAGAGCGUAUCCGCUCCACUCGAAGUUGUCAACAUCUUUGAAAACGGCCGGGAUCCGGCACAGGUGUUGAACGAAUACAACAAGGCUCGCGGCCUUGCCCUGGACCAGUCCGAGGUGGAAUACUUGGUGGAAAAGUUUACCGAACUGGGGCGUCCGCCGCACGAUAUCGAGCUAUUCAUGUUUGCCCAAGUGAAUUCGGAACACUGUCGCCACAAACAGUUCAAUGCGAACUGGACCAUCGACGGGUUGGCCAAGGGGAAGACGCUGUUUGAGAUGAUCAGGAACACCCACAAGGUCACGCCUGACUACACCGUCUCAGCGUACAGCGAUAACGCGGCGGUUAUGGAAGGCGAGCAGACUAACCUUUGGGCCCCUGACUAUUCGACCGGUUCCUGGAAGCUGAACAAGGAACUCCUACAUGUUUUGGCCAAGGUCGAAACGCACAACCACCCCACUGCCAUUGCCCCGUUCCCGGGUGCGGCUACCGGGUCUGGAGGAGAAAUCCGUGACGAAGGGGCCGUUGGACGGGCGCAUUUUGCCAGCAGUCUUGAUAUCAUGCUCGAGGCUCCCAUUGGCAGCGCCCGUUUCAACAAUGAGUUCGGUCGCCCCUGCCUUGCAGGAACCUUCCGCACGCUCCUCACGGCGGAUGACACGAACGUCGAAGGGGAGUUCCGUGGUUACCACAAGCCGAUUAUGAUUGCCGGUGGUGUUGGCACCGUCAGAGAGAAGCACGCGCUUAAGCGCCCCGAGGAUGUCACUGAGGGCGCGCAUGUUAUUGUUCUCGGUGGCCCUGCUAUGUUGAUCGGUCUCGGUGGCGGUGCUGCGUCGAGCAAUGCCUCGGGAGAGGGCAAUGCAGAAUUGGACUUUGACAGCGUCCAACGCGGCAACCCAGAGAUGGAGCGCCGUGCGCAGAUGGUAAUCAACACCUGCGUGGCUUUGGGGGACCAGACCCCCAUUGCCAUGAUCCACGACGUUGGCGCUGGCGGGCUUUCAAACGCACUUCCGGAGCUUGUCAGGGAUGCCGGAUUUGGUGGACGUGAACGCUGUAACUUUUCGGACGUCGGAACUGUUCUUUCCCGAGAGAGGGAUGGUGUCUCCAAGUUGAUUCUUAGCGACAAGGAAUCGAACGAGUACCCCCGCCCCAUCGAUGUCCCAAUGGAUGUCCUCUUCCCCAAGGGUCGCACGUUGGAGCGCAUUGUCAGCUCCAAGAAGCCCGCAUGGCCCGUUUUCGACCCUGUCGCCAGCUUGAAAUCAGCUAUCGACGGUUCACUUAGCGAUGCGGACCUGUUCAAGCAAGCUGUUCAGCGCGUUUUCUGGAUGCCCGCGGUCGGUUCCAAGUCUUUCCUGAUCACCAUCGGCGAUCGGACAGUUGGCGGUCUUACCACUCGCGACCAAAUGGUCGGGCCGUGGCAAACACCAGUUGCCGACGUUGCCGUAACGGCGACAGCCUUCAGCCUCAACGGGGCGAGGACUGGUGAGGCGAUGGCUAUGGGUGAAAAACCCACCCUCGCACUUAUCUCUCCUGCUGCCUCCGCCAGGAUGGCUGUUGCUGAGAGUUUGCUCAACCUUGGGGCAGCAGACAUCAAGGGCGGCAGCCACCGUGGAGACCUGCGGCGUGUGAAGCUCUCGGCCAACUGGAUGGCAGCUGUGAACCAUCCGGGCGAGGGUGCUGCGCUUUAUGAGGCCGUGGAGGCGAUCGGAAUGCAUCUUUGCCCGCAGCUCGGCGUGAGCAUCCCCGUAGGCAAGGACUCGACAUCCAUGAAAUCAUCCUGGAAGGAUGGAGAGACCAAGAAGAGCGUGACGGCCCCUGUGUCGGUUGUCAUCUCAGCGUUUACCCUGGUCGAGGAUAUCCGGCGUACUUGGACUCCUCAGCUUCGCCGGGUGGAGGAUGUGGGCGAGACUGUUCUACUCUACGUCGAUUUGGCGCAGGGUCGCAAGGCCAUGGGUGGUUCCGCGCUCGCUCAGUCACUGGGUGCCAUCGGCCACGAGGCGCCCGACGUCCGGGAUGUGGACCUCCUGAAGGACUAUUUCGAUGCGCUAGCUCAGUUGCACGAGAGCGGCGUUGUCCUUGCCUACCACGACAGGUCAGACGGCGGUCUCAUCACCACCAUCGCCGAGAUGAUGUUCGCCGGCCGGUGCGGCGUUGAUCUCAUGAUGGAUGGCAUCGCUGCCUCUGGCAACUUGUCGGACAUGGUCGACGCUUUGUUCAACGAAGAACUGGGUGCCGUCUUCCAAGUGCGCGCCUCGGAUGAGGUGAACUUCAAGAGGUGUUUCGCCACCUGCGGCCCUCCUGCUGGUUUGAUUCGCAAGUUCGGCGUUGUCCAGGCGACAUCUAAGCAGGUACUUACCAUCCGGUAUGGCGAGGGAGCGCCGUUUGUCAGCCUCGACAGAGCCGAGAUGCAACAAUGGUGGACCAAGACGUCCUACGAGAUGCAGAAGCUGCGCGACACUCCGGCGUGCGCCGAGUCCGAGUACGCCACUAUCCUGGACUCGGAAGACCCUGGUCUUUCCUUCAACCUCACCUUUUCCCCCAGCGAGAACAUCACUCCUCUGACGGCGUCCAUCACGGGUUUCUUCGGCAAGAUGCCGCGCGUCGCCAUCCUCCGCGAGCAGGGUGUCAACGGUUACGCUGAGAUGGCCUUUGCCUUCCGCGCGGCGGGUUUCGACGCCGUCGACAUCCACAUGACGGACAUCAUCGCUGGCCGGUCGCUGUCCGACUUUGUCGGCCUCGCCGCUUGCGGUGGCUUCUCGUUCGGCGACGUGCUCGGCGCCGGCCAGGGUUGGGCCAAGUCGAUUUUGCUGCACGACAAGGCACGGCGCGAGCUGGCCGAUUUCUUCAACCGCAAGGACACAUUCGCUCUAGGCGUUUGCAACGGCUGCCAGAUGCUGUCCCGUCUCAAGGAGCUCAUCUCCGGCGCCGAGCACUUCCCUACCUUUGUCGAGAACGCCUCGUCGCAAUUCGAGGGGCGCUUCGGCAUGGUCAAGGUCGAAGACAACCCGGCCCGGCCGUCGGUCUUCUUCCACGGCAUGGACGGCUCCAGCCUGCCGAUCGUCGUCUCCCACGGCGAGGGCAGAGCCGAGUUUGCGUCGGACGAGUCGUUCCGCGCGCUCGCCGAAGCGGGCGGCAUCCCGUUACGCUACGUGGAUAACAGGCUGAACGUCACGGAGCAGUACCCGUAUAACCCCAACGGCAGCCCAGGUGGUGUGGCCGCUGUCUCGAGCAGGGACGGCCGUGUGCUGGCCAUGAUGCCGCACCCGGAACGGAAUAUCCCCGCUGAUGUGGCCAGCUACGUGCCGGCGGACGAGAUCGAGGAGUGGGGUGAGUUUGGGCCGUGGCUGAGGAUGUUCAGGAGCGCUCGGAGGUGGGUGGGCUAG